AUGGCAAAAACUCCUCGGCCCCGUAGCGGAGUUCUGCAAGCAGUGAGACGCUCAUUAGCUAAGCCUGGUUCUGGCCCAGAGACAAUGAAGAGGCUGAGCUCUAGAAUUGCAAAACAAAUGCAGCAAAGUUGCAGUGGUGCAGUAACUCGUACUAGCGCUGUAGGAAAGGACUCCGCAAUGGCAUUCGGAAAUUACCAAGCCGCUUCCUCCAAAGGAUUCUGCGUCUGCAAGGGUACUUUGUUUGUUUUCCUUCCUCAGUCUGCUAAGCUAUAUUUUCAGAUCAAUUUACUUAGUUCUGGACCUGCAGAUGAUAAAUGCCAGACAUCUAACGCACAAAGUAGGUUUUCGAUGGUCUGAAA